UUGUUGUGGACUGUGUUUUUGCAAAGCCUGGUAAACAUUUUUUCCGCGAGAAAAAGCGUUCUUAUCAGCAAGAAGUUUACUUCAACAAAAAAACGAUGAUGGAGUAACUGCGGCAAAACAAUCGUCUCGCCAUGAUUCUGCGCGCGCCCAUGUUGGUGGCGCGCUAUCUGCACAAUGGAAGACUACGCCUACUGUUGUUAAUCCUGAUGGCAUUGCUGAUGGGUGGUAUUAUACUUUCGUACCACUGGACAAUCGAGAACCAGCUAUGUUUCAUGGACACAAAAGGAAUGGCGACCCAGUCGCCGGGCGGAGACUUGGAUGUCAGUCUGCUGGAGGAUGUGUUGCUGGCAGAUCCGAAGCCGGUGCCCGGUCGCAGCAUUUUCUUUCACGAGACCAGCUGCCAGCAGACUGAGAACAGGCGGUACAAGCUAAUGGAACUCACCGCCCGCCAGGCCUGCGCAAUCGAGUCCGCGGCGUUGCAUAAUCCGAAUUUCCAGAUCUUUGUCUUGUUCGCCGGUCCCACAUAUAGAAUCUCAAAUGGCGGAAGGAGCAACAAUAGCAAUACGCAGCCAUUGGUUGAAGAUCUAAGCUACAGUAAUGUACAUCUGCGACGACUGAAUCCCUGGAGCUACGCUACCGGAACACUCGAGGAGUGGCUUAAGGACGGAAGCUUGUUCCUGUCAAGCUAUCUGUUCUCGCACAUUUCGGAUUUCCUGCGCUAUCUCACGCUAUAUCGCUACGGCGGUCUCUAUCUAGACAUGGAUGUGGUGGUGCUACGCAGCAUGGAGGAGGUGCCGCCCAAUUAUACAGGGGCUGAGUCCAAUACUCAUUUGGCGGCGGGCGUGAUGAGCCUGGCGGACGGCUUUGGCCAUGAAAUCGCAGAAUCGUGCCUGCGCGACUUUCCUGAAUUUGACGGUAAGGAUUGGGGCAACAACGGACCUGGAGUGAUAACACGUGUGGCCCAGAAAAUCUGCGGCACGAAGAACAUUGAAGUGAUGCAGGAGGAUCACAAGCGUUUGGGCUUUAAGGUAUUCGGGCGUGAUGCCUUCUAUGCCGUACCAUGGAAACAGUGGCGGGACUUCUUCGAGCCCGAAAAGCUGUCGCAGACACUGGCCCUCACCAAGGACUCGUAUGUGGUGCACGUGUGGAACAAGCACUCGAGCAAGCUUAAGAUAAAACGAGACAAAAGCGCCUACGCCAAGUAUGCCGAACAGAAUUGUCCGCGGGCCUAUAAGGCAUCGGGCGAGUAUUUUUAAUAUAACCAUAGUCCAGUGGUAUUAACCCGCUGAUAACCAAAGAAUCAUAAUUGCCCUGGGAACGGCCUUUUAUUAAUAAGGUUGCACACUAAGUUUUGUUGAACUAUACGUGUUUGCUUUUAUUUGCAUUUCUCGCAUUCCAGCGAUAAGCAGCUCACACAAAACGCACACAAUAACACAGCACAGAGUUCUUGAACUCACU